UUUUUAGUCCAUUAUAACCCAAAUCCCCGCACCAUCACUCCUUACGGAUAGACCCAUGGACGAAGACUUCAACGACUGGGAACAAAUCCCAGACACAGCGCUUCCGAGCUCAACCCCAUCACCUGAACCGGAGACGGUUCACGAAGCGGUCGAAAUGUCAUCCGCCGAUGAAUCCGAGGCGAAUUCUUCGGUAGCCUCCAACAAUGGGGUGGAGGCGAAUGAUUGUUCGGGGCCUUUGAAGAAAGCGAACGAGCUCGGUCGGAUCCUGAGAAAUGGGAUCGUGAAUGUUGCCGCUAGGGUUCGGUGUUGUUUAGGGUUCGGGAUUUGGCCUUUUGGGGCGAUCGGCGGCGCUUUGGCUGCUCUGGUGGUGUCUUUUGUGUAUGCUAAGACGAGCAAAUGGCGUGCGAGGGUCAAGGAAGAAAGCAAGGAGCGGUUGAUUGUCUUGGUUCAAGAGAAAGACCAGAGGAUCAAGCAGCUGUUGUUUCAAAUAGCUCAUAUGAAAGAAGUGAUAUCUGCACGACGCAGGGUUCCAGUGCUUCGAGUCAGCUGAUUCACCUCAAU